AGUAUCCGAGGAAAAAUUCAUUAUUUCUGUUAGCUGUAAUUUUACUCAAAACGUUUUUACCCAUGAGAGAAAUUGGGGAACUUGAAAGAGUUUGAGAGCAGACGAGAGGCGCCGCUGAGGCGCUAACAGUAAAGAAGCUUUCUUCCCUGCUCGUCUCCGAGUUCUUGCCAUUUCGUCGAUUUAAUCGAAGAUAAACUCAUAAGAUGUUAAAACAAAACACCCUCACCGCGUUCUCAAAACACCCAGAAUCUGUCUUCUGUGCUUCUGCUUAUUCCUUCAAUUCUCGGUUUUUGCUGAGAAGAAAGCACUCACUAGGCUUCUGCAUGGAGAACUACAAGCUUCACUGCUCUUCUCCCAAGCGUUAUAACCCAGUGUUGGCUUGUCGAGCUUCACACGAUUCUCACGAGUCUACUUCUAGUGGUAAGGAGGAUGUGCCUGUACAUGGACUAUCGGAGGUGAUAGUUGGUGUGCUGGGAGGAGGACAACUGGGUCGUAUGCUGUGCCAGGCAGCUUCAAAAAUGGCCAUCAAAGUUAUGGUCUUGGAUCCUACAGAAAAUUGCCCGGCAAGUGCAUUGGCUUAUGACCAUAUGGUUGGGAGCUUUGAUGAUAGUGCUACAGUUCAGGAAUUUGCAAAAAGAUGUGGAGUAUUGACUGUUGAAAUUGAACAUGUUGAUGUUGCCACUCUAGAAAAGCUUGAGCAACAAGGAGUAGAUUGUGAACCUAAAGCCUCUACCAUUCGGAUAAUACAGGACAAAUACAUGCAGAAAGUCCAUUUUUCUCGGCAUGGCAUUCCGUUGCCUGAGUUUAUGCAGAUAGAUGAUCUUGAAGGAGCAAAAAGGGCAGGUGACUUAUUCGGCUAUCCUCUUAUGAUCAAGAGCAGAAGAUUAGCUUAUGAUGGACGUGGAAAUUCUGUUGCUAAUAGUGAAGAGGAGAUUUCUUCUGCUGUAACUGCUCUUGGAGGAUUUAACGGUGGUCUAUAUGUUGAGAAAUGGGCUCCCUUUGUGAAGGAGCUAGCAGUCAUUGUGGCAAGGGGAAGAGACAAUUCCAUCUUAUGCUAUCCUGUUGUUGAAACUAUCCACAGGGAAAACAUAUGCCACAUUGUCAAGGCACCUGCUGAUGUGCCUUGGAAAAUCAGGAAACUAGCCAAUGAUGUUGCACACGGAGCAAUUAGUUCAUUAGAGGGGGCUGGAGUUUUUGCGGUGGAGCUAUUUUUGACAGGGGACGGUCAGAUUCUAUUAAAUGAAGUGGCCCCUAGACCUCACAAUAGUGGUCAUCACACUAUUGAAUCCUGCUAUACUUCCCAAUUUGAGCAGCAUCUGCGGGCUGUUGUUGGUCUUCCACUUGGGGAUCCAUCAAUGAAAGCUCCAGCUGCUAUUAUGUACAACAUGCUGGGUGAAGAUGAGCGGAAAAUGGGUCAUAUCACCAUAGUUGCUUCUAUGGGUAUCAUAGAAACACGGCUAAAAUCAAUGCUGAACGAGGAGGGUAUUGAUUCUCGAUCCUCAGUUCCACCCCGUGUUGGGAUUAUAAUGGGCUCUGAUUCAGAUCUUCCUGUUAUGAAGGACGCCGCUCGAAUGCUUAGCAUGUUUGGUGUACCCCAUGAGGUUAGAAUAGUGUCAGCACAUCGGACUCCUGAGCUGAUGUUUUCAUAUGCGUCAUCAGCACAAAAGCAUGGCAUUCAGGUUAUUAUUGCUGGUGCUGGCGGUGCAGCUCAUUUGCCAGGUAUGGUAGCUGCACUUACUCCCUUGCCGGUUAUUGGUGUUCCUGUUCGUGCUUCUACACUGGAUGGAAUUGAUUCUCUAUUGUCGAUUGUGCAGAUGCCUAGUGGUGUACCAGUUGCAACAGUGGCAGUAAACAAUGCGACAAAUGCUGGCUUACUGGCUGUUAGGAUGUUGGGGGUUGGCGAUGCUGACCUACUGGCGAGAAUGAGCCAGUAUCAAGAAGACACAAGGGAUGAUGUCUUGACGAAAGCAGAGAAGCUACAAAAAGAUGGUUGGGAAUCUUACUUGAAUCCUUGAGCAUUAUAAGAAUACUCUUCCCACUCUCCGAGUCGUUCGUUAAUGGCGGAGUGGAUCAAGCAACAAGCAGAGAAUCAUACUUCUGGGAUUGAAAAGCAGGUUUUAUAUAACAUGGGGAAGUCGAAGCAAAUAAGCCUUCAAUCAAAAGAUUGCGUUUGCUCUUCUUUUUACAGAAAUUUUAAGCUUUGUGCCCAUUUUUUCAGUCUCUCCUGCCCAUUACACUGACAAUUACAAACCCUUUUGAAUGACCAGGAGAUUUUUUGUUUUUAAUCUUCUCGAGAGGAGACUAUAGGGCAGUUUUAGGGUUUCAUUUAACAACUCGGAACAUAGAUUAUGUGGGUGUUAUUAUUAGUACGAAGAUGAAGAUGUCGCUUAAUUAUUAAAA